AUGACAUUGAAAUGUGGUAUUGUAGGCUUACCUAAUGUUGGUAAAUCUACAUUAUUUAAUGCUUUAACUUCAAGUAUUGCAGCUGAAGCUGCUAAUUAUCCUUUUUGUACUAUAGAACCCAAUUUAGGGGUGGUAUCUGUCCCAGAUAUUCGGCUCCAAAAAUUAGCUUUGAUUGCGGGCUCAAAGAAAAUUAUUCCCGCUUAUAUAGAAUUUGUGGAUAUUGCUGGUUUAGUGAAAGGAGCAAGUAAAGGAGAGGGAAGGGGCAAUAAAUUUUUAUCUCAUAUAAGAGAGGUAGACGCUAUUUUGCAUGUAUUGCGUUGCUUUGAGGAUAUAGAUAUUACGCAUGUGUAUAAUAAAAUCGAUCCUAUAGAUGACGCUGAGAUAAUAGAUAUGGAAUUAAUAUUAGCAGAUCUUGAAUCAGUAGAGAAGCGGUUAGUAAACGCUGAAAAGCGUUUAAAGAGUGGAGAUAAAGCUUUGCAAGACUCAGUUGAGCUAUUAAAAAUAGUACAAGCACAGCUUAUAAGAGGUAAGCCAGCACGUAGCCUGAUAGGCACUUAUAGAAAAGCAGAUUUAGACCAGCUACAACUACUAACCUCUAAGCCGGUUUUAUAUGCCUGUAAUGUAUUGGAAAAGGAGGCAGUUGUGGGGAAUAACUUUACUAAAUUAAUAGCACAAAAAGCAGAAAUAAAUAAAGAUAAGCGUUUCUCUCGUGUUCGUCUAUCUUUGUAUUUGUCUACAGCUUCUACAGAUCUGCCCACUCAUAUAAGUUUCUCUCGUCG